UUUUUUUUUUUUUUCCUUGGUCAAUAAUGACGGACACGCAUGCCAUGGCAACUUCAUUGCCUGCCAUAAAGUGUUCCGAUUGUCAAGCAGAAGUUCAACUGCACCAUAUGAGCAUCCACGUUUGCGGGAAACCUAGAAUGCUCAAUAAACCAGCCCCAAUAGAUACUUGUAAGAUGCAUUCCACUUGAUGUUCAUUCGCACAUCGAUCCUCUUGCAACGCCAUUCCUCAUUCGUUAACGCGAUUCAAAAAGUCUUUAUCCAUGCUUCUGAAACC